AUGGCUCUUGAGAAAACAAGUGUCAAAAGGUCACUCUUUGUUCUGUCUGCUCUUGCUCUGAUCCUGAUUCAACCAGUCUUUGCACCAGCAGCUUUUGCAUCCUUUCAAAAUGCAGCAGCUAAAACUGGAGGUCCUGCAGCUGCUGCAGUUGGGCGACGACUGAUCCAAAGUGAACUAUUAAGCAGUGCUUGGACUGGCUUUUUUGCUGGUUGCUUACACACAUUAUCAGGACCAGAUCAUCUUGCUGCUCUUGCACCCCUUUCAAUUGGCUGUAAUCGCAUGGAAAGUGCUGCAGUUGGUGCACUAUGGGGUUGUGGCCAUGAUGCAGGUCAGGUCAUUUUUGGUUUACUAUUCCUACUGCUAAAAGAUAAGCUUCACAUUGAAAUUCUCAGAACCUGGGGCACAAUAAUAGUAGGCGUGACCCUAUUUGUUAUAGGUAUUAUGGGUAUUAGGGAAGCUUCAGAAGCUCGUACCCCAUGUGUAGUAGCUCUAGAAAAUGGUGAGUGUGAUGUCGGCAUCUAUGAAACACUAGAAAAACCAAUGGUUGUAGAGAAGAAAAAAAAGAUAGGUUUUGCUACUUUUGCCACUGGAGUUGUCCAUGGUCUGCAACCUGAUGCACUUAUGAUAGUUUUGCCUGCCCUGGCCUUACCUUCCCGUGUAGCCGGCGCUGCAUUUCUUCUUAUGUUUUUAGUUGGAACAGUUAUUUCAAUGGGAAGCUAUACUGCUUUUAUAGGCUCGUUUAGCGAGGCAUUGAAAGAUAGAGUGCCUAGAAUAACUGAAAAACUUACUUGGGCUGCUUCUUUUGUAGCCAUUGCUCUUGGACUUGCCAUUAUCAUUAGCCAGUUUCUUGGUUAUAGCCUCUACUGAUCUGAUUCGUUUACCCAAUCCAUUAUCCUUUUUCCCUUCUCAGUCCCUUUCAGUGUCAGAUAUAAAGUUAAGUAUUGAGGAGUAGCCAAAAUUUUCUCCCACGCAAUUUGUCUAUGAGAUUAUCUUUUUCCUGCUUUGGAUCUUGUUUGUACUACGGAUCUCAAAUUGUAUAAAAUGUUUGUCAUGAAAUGAUAUUCUGUCUGUUCCCUCAUUCAAGAAUAGUUAAAGUUUGACAUUGUUCUGUUCAAAAUGGCUAAGAUUUGAUUGAAAUCUGUGACGUCUUUAUUUUGACAUUAUUUUGUGUAACGUCAAAUGUUAGAUUGACAAAUUAGCACUAUUUUCUGUAUAGGUUCGUGUCAUGGACAGGUGUAUUUUGUAUUGAAAAAGUAAUAAAUAGUAAUGUUUGCAAA